GCCGCCUGUGUCCAAAUGGGUAUGAUUUCCUUGGGCUGGAUUAUAGUGUCUGCAGGAACUGUCAUUAUGCCUGUGUGUGCGCCCUGUGGCCCCGUCUGUCUCUCUACUUCCAGAAUGAUCUUAGGCAAGUUCUGGGGCUCUGUGGCCUCAGUCUCCCCACCUUUACAUACGUCCCAUCUCUCCUGGAGCAGGUGUUCAAUGGGUCUUCAAGCGGCUCAGCGUGCAUGCGGGCAGCGUGGGCCUGGCCCCUCCGCGCCUCAGGAGGGCAACACAGUGCCUGGCGAGUGGCCGUGGCAGGCCAGUGUGAGGAGGCAGGGGGCCCACAUCUGCAGUGGGUCCCUGGUGGCUGACAGCUGGGUCCUCACUGCGGCCCACUGCUUCGAAAAGGUGGCAGUCAUGGAACUGCACUCCUGGUCAGUUGUCCUGGGUUCUCUGAAGCAUGAGGGGCUGAGCCCAGGGGCUGAGGAGGUGGGGGUGACGGCUCUGCAGCUGCCCAGGACCUACAAGCACUACAGGCAGGGCUCAGACCUGGCCCUGCUACGGCUCGCCCACCCCAUGGCCCACACACCCCUCUGCUUGCCUCAACCUGCUCAUCGCUUCCCCUUUGGCACCCACUGCUGGGCCGCUGGCUGGGAUCAGGACAAUGAUGUUCCCAGGGCCCUACGGAAUAUACGCCUGCGUCUGAUCAGCCGCCCCACGUGUAACUGUCUCUACAACCGCCUGCACCAGCGGCUGCUGGCCAGCCCAGCCCAGCCUGGGAUGCUGUGUGGAGGUCCCCAGCCUGGGGUGCAGGGGCCCUGUCAGGGAGAUUCCGGGGGCCCCGUGCUGUGCCGCGAACCUGAUGGACGCUGGGUUCAAGCUGGGAUCAUCAGUUUUGCAACAGACUGUGCCCAGGAAGAGACUCCUGUGCUGCUGACAGACAUGGCUGCUCACAGCUCCUGGCUCCAGGCUCAAGCUCAGGGGGCAGCCUUCCUAGCCCAGGACCCUGAGACCCCAGAGAUCAGUGAUGAGGACAGCUGUUCAGCCUGUGGAUCCUUGAGGAGAGAAGGCCCCCAGGCAGAAGCUUCCUCCCCAUGGCCCUGGGACGCCAGGCUGAAGCACCAAGGGAAGCUGGCCUGUGGCGGAGCGCUGGUGUCAGAGGAGGUGGUGCUGACUGCUGCCCACUGCUUCAUUGGGCGCCAGGCCCCAGAGGAAUGGACUGUAGGCCUGGGGGCCAGACCAGAGGAGUGGGGCCUGAAGGAAGUCAUCCUGCACGGGAUGUAUACCCACCCAGAGGGGGGCUAUGACGUGGCCCUCCUGCUGCUGGCCCAGCCUGUAACACUGGGCUCCAGCCUGCGGCCCCUCUGCCUGCCCUAUGCGGACCACCGCCUGCCUGAUGGGGAACACGCCUGGGUCCUGGGGCUGGCCCGCCAAGGAGCAGGCACCGGCUCCCCUCAGACAGUGCCUGUGACCCUCCUGGGGCCCAGGGCCUGCAGCCGCCUGCACGCAGCCCUCGGGAGCGACAGAGCCCCCAUCCUGCCACAGAUGGUGUGCGCCAGUGCUGUGGGCGAGCCGCCCGGCUGUGAGGGCCUGUCAGGGGCACCGCUGGUGCACGAAGUGAGGGGCACAUGGUUCCUGGCCGGGCUGCACAGCUUCAGAGAUGUCUGCGAAGGCGCGGCAAGGCCUGCCGUCUUUACAGCGCUCCCCACCUAUGAGAAGUGGAUCAGCAGUUUGCGAUGGCGGGUCUACUUCGCUGAGGAGCCAGGGCCUGAGGCCGAGCCUGAAAGCUGCCCAGCUAACGUGGCCCUGGGGCCUCAUGCCAACGAUGCCUCCGCAGACACCUUCUCUCUCGACCUGGGGCAGGGCAGGGCAGGGUCUGGCCUGACCCACCCCUAGCUGCCCUGGGUGGAGUGGAGCAGUGAACGGACCCAUCUGGAUUCAAAUUCUGGCUCUUGUCACUGUUUGACUGGGAGAGCACGCCUCUUAACCACUUCAGACCUCACUUUUCUCAUCUGUCAUGGGGGCUGAGGAGUGCCUCCUUCCUCUUCCUCUUCCUCUAAGGGAGGAAGGGAGGGAAGCUGUGAGGACGAGGCCAGCCCCAUCCUCCUUCCUCUCCCUGACAGGCCAGCCAGCCUGAUGUUGACAGGUGGCUCUGGGACGCUGCAGUCACAGUGAGGCAAUUCCCGCGUCACUGCCCCUGGCCCUCUGCCAUGCCCCCCGACCCCGUCCCCCACUGAGGCAGGCCCGACAGUGCAAUGGGCUCUGGGAAGGAGCCUGCCCCGACCGACAGCUGACCCCACUCCCCUCUGCAGGACAGGGAGACCUCCCCUGCGGAGGCCCCCUACACGUCGAGCUCCGCGGUCCCACGCAGGCGUCCCCAGCUUUCCCUAAUCGUCACCCCCUCAGAUACGACCACACCAACCAUGUACUUUGAAAAUUUCUUUUUUUGGGGGGAGCAAUUUUCCUGGUUUUUU